AUGGACGGCGACGCCAUUCCUCCGUCAUCACCUCCGCACUUGGGCAGCAUCAGCCCUCAGAGCCCGCCCUUCUUCGAGCCCCAUCACAACGCUUUCACCUCAAAGUCGAGCUCGCCCCCUCCCCUGUUUUCCAGCGACGACUCGCGCGAAUCCGUCGACGUGACAAACUAUGAAUCCCCGCGCAUCCACAAGAACAAACGCAAAGGUGCGUGGUGGGACAAUCGCGAGUCUGCCCACAACAGCCCAGAGGUUAAGAAGCCAAAAUUCUCCCGCAACCUCGAUCGCAACUUUGAUUCCGGCGUCUACAUGCUGAGCGACGCGACUGACAGCUCGGAUGAUCUGCUUCCCCAGCACAAGUCGCCAUUUCCAGACGAGAUGGAAUACGCAGACGACCACGCCAUCGACAUGAAUGUCAGCCAUACUCAAGCCAUGCAAGUGGACACGUCAAGCUGCCCCGCACUUCCCGCGACCCCCGCUAUCCGCAAGGUUACCAUGAGUGCUGCCGAGCGUGCCUUCAACCGGCAGCUCGACGAGGGUCUAGACAGCGACCGGGAGACAUAUGAUUUCGAGGGCCAGGGCCUCUACGACAGCGACAUCACACGUAUUGGCGAGCUCAGAUUCGUCAUCAAGGACCCGCUCGUCAACGACAGCGAGGCUCCAGCCGAAGGCCAGUUUCGGUCCUUUGAGCCCGAGAUCCACCUUAACCUUAACAAGAACCGACUUCGACGCCUUAUUCCCUCGCUCUUCAGCAUCACCUGCCUCAACAGCCUUGCUCUACGUGAGAACGAGAUCGAAGAGCUACCACAAGAUAUUCGUCGAUUGAGAAGGUUGGAAGAGCUAUACGUGUCCCAAAACAAGCUCAAGUGCCUGCCUUUCGAUGUAGUCAACCUCCUCUGGCCGUACGGCAACCUAUGCCGUCUCACCACCAUGGGAAGCGACCUGCUAGAGCCCAUGACGUCCAAACGCUUUCACACUCGCGUACCUGGGGAGGAACUCUACACCCACCAUCUCGAGAAAGGCUUCUAUGACCUCGACAGUCUACGCCAGCACGCACGCAGUCAACUAGUCCACCUCUACGAGUCACUUCCAACAUGCAGAGACCGUGACUCAACAGUCUGGCGCAUCCGCUACUUUGAAUCAUGGGCCACAUGCUUCAGCAGCGGACCCGACAGUAACCAAGACACUGGCUUCUACCCGCACCACCCCUCCCUCCACGUCCGCGAAGUAGACUCAGACUUCCAACUCGUCUACCUCCCCCGCUACAUUGCCCGAACCCUAGUAUCCUACUACGACCAAACCGGCUCUCUCCUCCGCAACUCUCCCUCCCUCCCAGCCUCCGACUACGAAAAAUACCCUGUCAUCGUAGAGACCUCGCGCGGAACCUACGGCGUACCCUCCUCUCCUUGGUUUGCUCCGCCCGAACACUCAAAAGUCCCAUCGCUCCUGACAGCCACCUUGACGCGCUCGCUGCAAACAGAUUCCACCACCGACCUCCGCAAGAUGAUUAGUAAUAAUGGCGAAUACGAAAUCCCGCGUGCGGCGGAGAAGAUACUUGCGCAGGCCGAUAGGACGGCCGAAGGGGGCUACAGUGUCUUUCGCGAGUGCCAUGCGUGUCGCAAGCAGUACGUUGUGCCACGUGCCGAGUGGAUUGAGUUUUGGAGCAAUGGAAAUGGAUACUUUCAUCCGUUUAAAGUUAGCGUUUGCUCGUGGGGCUGUGUGCCGCGGCAAAUGAUGCAGCGGCCUGAGAAAGAGUUGACGUGGUGA